UGUGAUUUGUCGAUAAAAGAGAGUGGAAGAGGCGGUAGCAGAUUUGUAACCUUAAGUCAAGUAGGAGAUCCAGAGAGACGACGGAGGCUUCCAAGUGGAGGUGAGCUUCGAUUUGUCGUCGAUUGAAUGGAUUCAACGAGCUUCAAUUUGUGAGGUGGUUGCACUUCAGACAGUGGCUGAGAGAAGGGGAGAGAGAACCUUGGUCUAGGGUUCUGUACUUUUGUCCCUCCAGCCAGUGCUAGUCCGCACACUCGCUACGACGACCGGCGAGGGUUUUUUUUACAUUGGUCUCUUCGACAUUCCCCUAGGUUUUGACGGUGGGAUUUUAGGCUGCGCAGAAGCCCAACCAUAGGAGAAGAUGAAGAAGGAGAUGAAGAGAUAUGAGAGGGGCCAAAGAAGACUAACGAAAUUUUUAAUUUCCUUUUUAUAGUUAAACUUUAGUUUAUUUCUCAUAUAAUUAAAAUAAAAAGCCAACAUUCCACCUGGCAGUUUGGUUUGACGAAAAGUUUUGGAUGGAAUGGCUACAACUGUGUAUUUUUCAAAAAGUGACUAUUAUUUUAAAAAACGGAAAGUUAUAGAUAUGCAUAUGAAUUAAGCCUUAUGAAAAGAAAGGAUUAAUCGCUUUUUUGUCCAUAAAUUAUUCUCUUGUUCUUUCACCAAAACAAAAAAAAUCUUGUAAUAAAUGUUUUUAUAUAUUUGGUGAAUUUUAACAAAUAAGUUCUCACAUAAUGUGAUGACAACUUCUUGCUGUUGAAUCUGAUUGCGGUCCCAUACAAAUAAGUGAUUUUAUCAGGUUUACAUUCUAUAUUCAAUCGUACAUUUUUCUUACUAACAAAACCAUGCGCUUGAAUGUCCUCUAUUUUGCGGUUAGAUAUCAUUUAUCGGCCGAAUCAGACCACAUAUCAAGCAGAAUUCAAACUUGUUUCUACGUUGAUUAAGUAUAAAUGUGUAUGUUCAAGUACACACAAGUACUGCCGAGAUACAAUCCCGAGAAACUUUAUUACGUAUUUUCGAACAAUUCGUACCGCUUUUUCCCCAUUUUGUUUGGACAAAAACAUACAUAAUGCAAACAACAUAUGUUUGUUAGAAAGCACAACCGAAUGGAGCAUAAGCUAAAAAUAGGUACAUUAACCCACACACAACGAGAUUGAAUUAACAGCGCCACACAAAAGACCUUCCAAUGUUUCUCUUUCUAUCUCUAAAUCCUAAACUCUCUCAAUCCACCUCAACUCUUCCAGCUGCCAACAUUGGAGCAUCCCGGAUCCAAAUCCUGGAGUAUCAAAUCCAUUCAAUCCCUAAUUCUACCAAACCAAAAGAGAAGAUAACUACCUUCGAACCAUACUCCCAAAUAGACAGCUACCCCCAAUUUAUUUUUCUGGCACAGAUCAGUAGGAUUAACCCAGGGAUGGAAGAAGCAUUAAAGGAAGGAAAGAUUUGGAAACCCCCUCCAGAUUCAGCUCUGCCGCAACAAUUAAUCCCCUCUGUACAGCCAUCAAGACCCAUAACCAGGCAUUUACCACUAACAGAGCCCACAACCACAGCUCCUAUCGCCUAUGGAGGGAAGGCAAAAAUUUAUGAGAAAGGACCAUUCUACAUUGAGCCACACAAGAACCCAGAAAAGAUUUGGAGGAAGUUACUAACAGAGGAGACUAAUCACCUCUCUAUCAAAUGUAAGAUGAGAUUGACUGAGAAGAUGGUUAACGCUACCAGGUUUGCCUUAAUGGCCAACAUUAUAAAACCCAGGAGGUUUGUGGAGAACUCACCAAAAAGCAUCAGCAACCCGGAAGCUAAUCCCAAACUUCUUUCCAAACUCACUAAACCCCUCCCUCUAGCCCCCUAUCUGGAAACCGCAACCAUGGAAGCAAACCAAAAUGAAAGACAGAUUGGGCAUGGACACCUGGUGCUGAAUAUCCAACCACAGGUGGUAGGUGCCAGAGGUGGAAUGUCGAUGAUGCUGGCUAAGUGGAUUACACACCACAACACGGCGUUGCACAAGGCAAAAGGAGCCGCCCAAGGCAAAUGGAAGGGACACGGUGAGAUUGCAGCCCAGAGAGAAGCAAGAAACCUGUUCGUCUACUCUUUCCCAUCGGAAGCAGGGAGAGAUGCUGUCUGGGCAGGACGCCCAUGGAACAUGGCCAACACCCUUGUUGCUCUGAAGAAAUGGGAUGGAGAAUUGAACCCAGAAGAGGUGGAAUUCAACACCACCGCCAUGUGGGUACAAAUCCACAAUAUCCCCAAUCCCCUGCGCGAUGACGAUACGGUGGAAGCCAUAGCUUCGUUUGUCUUCCCACAGUUCCUCAAACUGGACCGAACCAACACGGAUGCUAGAGGCUGGAGGAGAUUCUUCAGGGUCAUGGUGGAAGUCGAUUUCAGAGAGCCCAUCCCCACUGGCUUUGAAUACCCCGUGGGAAAGAGAUCUGUGUGGGUGAGCUUCAAGUACGAGCGACUCUCCGACCUCUGUUAUUUCUGCGGUAAGAUUGGUCACCCCAUCCACCUCUGCGAAAUCAGGGAAGAAAACAGACAGAAGGGUAUGUCCAUAGAGCCGUCCGGAAUAUACACUGCGGCGCUCAAAGCUGGCCCCGACUCGCCGACGUGUGUCCCGCCGCCGUCCUUCCUCCUGAGGAACAGAAUCGAAGAACCCUCCACCACCAUCACGGCAAUCGAGGCUAGGCUCAACUCUCAAUACAAGCCUGGGGAGACGACCCCAACUGCACUUGGCACAGGCCCCGACCAUGCUUCUCCAUCUGGACCCCCGGGAUUUGAAGGGAGAAGGUAUGAUGGCCAAAGCUUGAUCUACAACUCUGACUUCAACCCACAUGGUCUGAUGAAAUCAGCCUACUACUCAUACACCCCAAGGAGGCUUGAAGAAGAUCUCGAGGCAGUGGCUGAUGCAGUUGGGAAAUCCCUAGAUCUCAACAUUGAGACAACGGGAAAGGAAAGAGGUAGUGGAUAUGAUGGCUUAGGCCAGAGCUCAAAAACGGGAGGCCCGCCUACCACUCUCAACCUGAUGGGCCUUGAUGAUGGGCCUUCAGCCACCAGCAACCAUCAUUCUCUCUCGCUGGUCCAGGAAGUCCAAAUGAACUAUGAGAGAAUGUUGGGCCGAGCGGAGAAGAAAAGGAAGCCCGACCUCCGAAUCCUACAAGACUCGAGGUGCUCUGAGCCAAUCAGGCCUACUAACCUCCUCCCUGAUUUUAUUAGUUUUUCUCCAGGGGCAGUUGAUAAGGGAAAACAGAGGAGGAAGCUGGAACAAGGAGAAGGUCGAUGGGCAGAAGCUUGACUGAAGGACAUGAAUCUGGAGAAGAAGGAUCUAGCUCCCCACAGGCAGCGGUGGCACGCCUUGAGCCACCUAAUCCUGAAUGAUGAUCCUGAGUUGGAAUUGUAGGGGGUUCGGCCUACCCCCUACAAGAAGCUACUGUGGCAGGAUGUGUCGCCAGCUUGGCCCGUCUAUCCUCUUCUUAAUGGAGACAAAAAAAGAAGAAGAAUUUAU